UUCUACAGGUCCCUGAACAUCAAAGUGGCCCUGAUUGGCCUGGAAGUCUGGACGGACCAAGACAAGUGCACGGUGAGCGAGGACUCCCACGCCACCCUCGUCUCCUUUCUCCAGUGGAAGAAGACGCUGCGGGCCCGCAAGAAACACGACAACGCUCAGCUCCUCACUGGGAUCACCUUUAGAGGCACCACCAUCGGAAUGGCUCCCCUGGAGGGCAUGUGCAGUGCAGAGAACUCUGGGGGCGUGAGCAUGGACCACUCGGAGUUACCCAUCGGAGCAGCGGCCACCAUGGCUCACGAGAUCGGCCACAAUUUCGGCAUGAGCCACGACCCGGAAGGCUGCUGCGUGGAGGCCACGGCAUCGCAGGGCGGCUGCGUCAUGGCUGCUGCCACAGGGCACCCCUUCCCCCGGGUCUUCAGCUCCUGCAGCCGCAGUCAGUUGGAGGGCUACUUCCAGAAGGGAGGAGGCGUCUGCCUUUUCAACCUGCCGGACACCAAAGACCUGGUAGUGGGGAAGAAGUGCGGCAACGGAUUUUUGGAGGAAGGAGAGGAAUGUGACUGUGGGGAGGCCGAGGAGUGCACCAAUCUUUGCUGUAAUGCCCAGAAUUGCACGCUGAAAGCCGACGCGGAGUGCGCCCAUGGAGAAUGUUGUAAUUCCUGCAAGCUCAAGACGGCCGGGAUCAUGUGUCGGGAGCCAGCUGGAUCGUGUGAUCUCCCGGAAUAUUGUACGGGCGCUUCACCCUACUGUCCUGCCAAUGUCUACUUGUUGGAUGGCUCAACGUGUUCCCACGGAGAGGAGUAUUGUUACAACGGCAUGUGCAUGACGCACCAUCAACAAUGCAUCCAGCUGUGGGGGCGAG